GGCGAGUCCCCGCACAACGGGCCUUCGUCCUCGUCCCGCAUGCUUGAAAAUGACGAGCUUGAGCAAGUCGACGGUGCUUUUGCUGCGGUUCCACGUGCACUCACCGUCACGCGUCCGCCAUCGCCAACCCCUAGUUUCCGCACCGAAAGCUAUUCGAUCAUCAACUGGAAUCCUGAGUAUCCUUCUGCCUAUGCCGCUUCCGAGGAGGGUGCGCCCUACUGUCUGCCACCUGGGCGUCGAACUGUCUCUGGUUAUUACGCCUUUGCAGGCCCCUCGCCACUGAAGCCAUCAAGGAGUUUGACGCUCGGUAUUGCACGUAUCUGGGAUGCCCUGCGAGAGGGGUCGCCUGGGAAGAAGAACAAGCGACGACCUAGUCUCCCGUCGGUGUCUGUAUGGCGGGACGGCGUUGUCACCGACGACGAGGACGGGAUCAGGGAAUUCAUUGACUACUUGAAUAUGCCUCCAUUAGACGGCGAGGAGGGUGAACUGAUUGAUGACGAAGCAUGCUUCAUCAAUGUCACUCGCAUCACCGGUACAGACAUCGUUGGGCAUCUACCUGUCGAGCUGGCUCUUCAUCUUCUUUCAUAUCUCGAUCUUCCGGCCAUCCUUGCGUGUUUGCGUGUGUCCAGACGCUGGAGUCAUCUCGCACGGGACAACUCUGUUUGGCGCACGCUGUUUCAACGUCGUGAAUCUGACGGAUGGCGGGCAGACCUGCGUCGUGCAGCAAAACCCAUGCCCAUACGUUCCUCAUUGUCCGCAUCGCGAUUGCUUGUGCCGGCGCCUCUCGAGGUUGAUUGGUAUGGAACAUACCAGACCCGUGCAGAGCUUGAUCGGCGGUGGACGGCGAGCCCCACGAUUGCUGGGACAGAGACCCAGGGUGCGGCGGCUUGGGAGCCGAAAGUACGCCGAAUAUCCGGGCACAAGGACAGCGUGUACUGUCUUGAGUUCGACUCUCAGCGUAUCAUUACAGGCUCACGAGAUCGUACAAUCAAAGUGUGGAGCCUGAAAACGGGCCGUUGUCUGGCGACAUUCUCAGGACACCGCGGGAGUGUGCUGUGUCUCAAAUUCGAUAAGGACUGGGACCUCGAAGAAGGCGACGAUGGCUCGUGGUGUGAGGACGAUGCGCAACGGAUCUGGAGGCGCGGGUUCAUGGUGAGCGGAUCGAGCGAUUGUUCAAUCUGCGUCUGGGCACUAUACGCGCGCCCGGGCGCGGGGGACGGCAGUGGGGACGGCGAGGUGGCGGCUGAGAUGGCGGCCGUGCUACGGGGUCAUUCUGGGGGCGUGUUGGACCUGCGGAUCGACUCCCGCUGGAUUGUCAGCUGCUCAAAAGAUGCACUCAUUCGUGUGUGGAACCGCAAGACCCUGCAGCUCCACUGUACGUUCCGUGGGCACGAGGGCCCUGUGAACGCGAUCGGCAUGCAGGACAACAAGGUUGUCAGUGCGAGCGGGGACGGGAGGAUGAUGCUGUGGGACAUUACGUCUGGGGAGCGUCUUAGGAUUUUUGAGGGACACGAUCGCGGCUUGGCAUGCAUCGAGUUCAAGGAUGAUUACAUCGUCUCGGGCUCGAAUGACUGCAAGAUCAAGGUGUGGCAGGCAUCGACGGGGAUGUGCCUGCGUACAAUUGUCGGGCACGAUUUGCUCGUGCGGGCGCUGACGUUUGACCCACGCAGUGGCCGUCUCGUGAGUGCGAGCUACGAUAAGACGGUCAAGGUGUGGGAUAUGCACACUGGCAAGAUGCUCCGCGAGUUCCGCGGCUGCCAUGUGAGCCAUAUAUUUGACGUAAAAUUCGACCACUGCCGCAUCGUGAGCACAUCGCACGAUCAGAAGGUCGUUGUGCUAGACUUCUCCGACGGGCUCGACGUCUCCCUCUUCGUGUAAGACCACACGCUCCAGAACAGAUUCAUCCACAAUGUAUUUAUGAUUACCGCAUCGGUUUAUCUCGCAUCCAAUCACGCGUUAUUUAGCUUCGCUCUCUCUGUGUAUACGGUGUUCACCGUCUUCGAUCGUUCUUGUGUAUACCCUCUCUUUCCUGAUUGUUAUGGACAGUCUUGUGAUUCUAGUAGUGUACACAUCAUCCCCUUAUUCCUCCUCGUACCAUCUCAUUGACUCGUCGUAUACCCCUGUCUGUAUUUGUUCAGCCUUGCACUGCCACAAUGUAACAGUACUUGAAAC